UCCUGGGUUUCCAGAAAACCUUGAAUGGAUUUAGUAUUAGUGAAGGACMUAGAAAAAAGAUGGAUUUAGGAUCAGAAAUUAGCCAGCAAAUAAAGACCUCCAUCAAGACAAAACUACAAGAUUUGGGAUCCUAUGUUGAUGAUGAGCUACCUGAAUACAUAAUGGUCAUGUUAAGUAAUAGAAGAGGGAAGAAGCAAAUGACAGAAGACUUGAUGUUGUUUCUUGGAGAGAAUACAGUCAAGUUUAUUGACUGGCUGGUGAACCUUGUUGAAAAGCUAAAAGAUGUUGCAAGUUUAGUUGAGGUUGAUGAAGAACCAGAAAAGGCACCAGUAUCUCAAGAGGUACCACCAAUUAUUGCACCAGAAAAGGAACCYACACCAAGUAAGACUGAUAAAGAACAAAUCAGCAGAAAAGCAGCAUCAAGAGAGAAGAGAAAAAGUCCCUCAAAGUCUACAUCUAAAGAAYGUUCAAGUAGCCACUCUAAGUCCAACAAGUCUGGCAGUAGUAAAAGUGAAAAAUCAAAGGGGAGUUCAAGUAAUAGACGUUCUAGUUCUGAAUCAAAACAUUCUAGCAGGAAAAGAAGACUGUCUGAAUCAGAUGAUGAAGUAUCAACAGUUAUUACACCAAUUUCAAGUGUUGUCAAAGUCCAAGAAAAAAGACCCUCUUUACCGCCAUCUAAACAAGCAACAAGCUCACUACUAAGAAAAGCAGUGGCCGCAGCACACAUGUCAGUAACUAAAGUAAUGCAUAGCUUAACAUAUGACCCAACAUCACCUCCAUCACCUAUCAAAGUACAAAGUCUUGAAGAAAAACAACAACAAAAAGAGCUUCUUCUGCAACAACAUCGAGAACUACAAAAACAACUGCAAACAAAUGAAAUUCCUGUAGAAGAAGAARCAGUCAACAGUGAUCAACCAGAAAAUGGCUAUUAUCAAAACACAGAGAAAGAUYRUUUAGAAACUGAGGAAAAACAACAAGAAACAACAUCUAAGACUGAGCCYGAWUUGAUAAACGAACCAGUGAUUGAACUUCAAGUAUCUGAGGCUGAGGCUUUAGAACUGAAUGCUGAAUUAGUUACUAAGGGAGAUACGCGUAUUGUAGCAUUUGCAGAUAGUCAAACAGCAUCAACUGAACCUGAGGAAGAUAAACAUAAGCGCAAACGAAAGCGUGCUGUCAAAUCCAGAGAUCGACCUAAAAGUCCCAAGUUUAUUGUUACCUUGGAUGGCGUUGACAGUGAGCUUGAAGACAAGUUCGAAAAACAUAAGAAAACACCAAAAAAYCCCAAAUCCGAAUUUGACGACUUUGUUGAAAUAGAUACAWCUAKCAUGCCUGUUGCACAACCAACUGAAUCUUUACCAGAAAAUACACCACCUCCAUCUGUUGAACAGGUUAUGUUUAGYCUGGAUAAUACAAGCGAUGAUGAGGAAAUGCAUCAAAUGCAAGUUGCCAGUCGACCACCAGAAAAGUGUAAAUUCUGGCCAGAUUGUAUGAAUGGACCAAACUGCCCGUUCUUUCACCCAUCAAUGCCAUGCAGAACAUUUCCCAACUGUAAAUUUGCCGACAAGUGUUUAUUUAUUCAUCCUCUUUGUAAAUUUGAUGGCAGGUGUGCUAACACGUCUUGUCCGUAUUUACAUAAAAACAAACUACAAGCAAAACCUCCAGCAUUAAUAAAACCACCUCCACAACCACCAGUUCCUAAAGUUGACGAAGCAUUACCAACACUCGCACAAAUCACCCCUUGUAAAUUUUAUCCUGGAUGCACACGAACCAAUUGUCCGUUUUUACAUCCAAAACCAACAGUAACAAAGGUAUGUCGAUAUGGUAGUUCAUGUUCAAGAGCUGACUGCAUAUUCACUCAUCCGCCAAAUAAGUCUGCACUAAAAUGGGUUGCUCCAUCAUUACAUAUCAGUGAAAGAAGUUUUGCUCUUCCAGAAGAAAACGUCAAAAAGAUGCCCAURGCUUUUUAACCCAAUUUGCUCAUGUAAACAUUUCUUACUUGCCAAAUAGAAUUGAAGAGAGUUUAUUUUACAUACUUUUUUAAUGUUGGUAAAGUGAUGAUGAAUUGCAAAGCCUGUAGGCACGAGUAUUAACUGCUCCAUGCAUACAAAAAAUCACAAAAUGAUUGUCAACACUGUAACUACAAAUUUAAAAUCAAUAUUAGUUCAAUGAAUAAUUCAGGAUUGUUUUAUUUGUAAAAACCAUUGUACAUACCCAUGUUGUGUUAGAGUUACGUCUUAUUCGUUAUGCCUAUUUUUAUAAACGGUAGCCAAAAAAAUCAUUACAUGUUUUGCUUUUUAAUGAAGAGAAUGUAAGACUUUUCAUCUCAGUAAAUUGUCAUUUUUUGUGUCA